GAUGCUUGUUUUGUACUUGUUCUUUAUUAAAACGUAUGCUGUUCUGUACGUUGUAUGCGUGAUUCCAAAGAAUGUACGCACUGUUUGCUUCACUUUGCCGAGUGUGUGAAGCCUCGAGCUGCCUUACGAGGGCACGAGUCACGUGCUUCUGGCCUGCACUGCCGCCGGGAUCGGCCCACAUUUUUUUGCUGACUGAUGCGGACACGAAAAAUGCCGACCACCGAGAGGCUAACAGCCUCACUGUAAAAAAAAUGAGACGCAAGCACAAAGGAAAGAAGAGACACCACAAUGCUGGUGGUGGCUUUGCUCUCACGGCAGCAAGUCUGCCGUGACAGGCGCAGACGUCCCAACACCGAGACCUAAGGUUCAACUUCACGGCAUGGAUCGUGCCAGCUAGGACAAGCUAGGACAAGCCACCCCCCGCCCAUGCACAUCCAUUCUUCGUCGAUCCCCUAUUAGCGGAUAUGCGCCAUGGUUCGAGCUGAUCAUCAUCGUCAUUGCCAGCGCGGCGCGAGGCUCUCCGAGCAGAACAGGCGCAUCAGAUCUCGGCUCUAUAGAUCUACUGCAUCUAUACGUUCGGUGCGCCUCUUAGCUGUAAUCUCGUUUUCUUUUUGCCUCUGUCGAAAGCGAUCGAACUGCCAUGUCGCUUGCGAGGCACGACUCGGAGCGCAGCCUGAAGAUGAGCGAGAAGAGCCUGGACGGCAGCGUGGGUGGUCCGCCGCAGAAGCCCAUGCUGUGGGUGUUCAUCACCGCCGCCCUGCUGCUCGUCGGCAUCAUCGCCGUCUCGCUGGUCAACAGCGAGGGCGCGUACGGACACGAGUCCGACAUGACCGCGGUGCUGCGACAACCCGACCUGAUGCUGGACAACGCGGCCGUGCCUGCACAGCCGACGACGACGUCGCCUCGACCAGCAUACGCCGACGAAGACACCAACUAUGCCUCGUGGCUGCUGACGCGCACCGUCAACCCCGCGGUGAACGCCUGCCUCGACUUGCACGCGUACGUCUGCGGCGGUUACGUCGGAGCCGUCGGCCGCCCGCUCGAGGAGUACGUCGCCGCCAACACCACGAUGGCCAUCAAGACGCACUUCCUGGGCAUCGCCGGGCGUUCCUCGACGCGUCGACAGACGAAGCCGAGCCACGACUCCGAGGCUAGGGCGGUGGCCUUUUACCGCAGCUGUCUGAAGACGAGCCGCGCGCACGAAGGCCCGACGGUUGCCGCCAACGCCAGGGCGCUGGUCACUUUUCUGGAACAGAACCACCUCAAGUUCCGGCACGUCGACGACGUCGACCUCGUGGGAAAGGCGCUGGAACUGCUGACGCGCUACGACCUGCAGGUCUUUUUCGCCCUCGAAGUCCAGUUCUUCCCGUGGCUGAGUCGGAACAAGAGGUUCGUACGCGUGGUGGCCAGCCCGGCCUUCGAAGAGUGGAAGGCGCGGAAGGUCGCCUUGCACCGCGCGGAUUUUGAAAGGUUCGUCGAGAAAGUCCUCUCCCUGAGUGGCGUGGGUCAGCGGCGAAUAGCCGACCUCGCGGACGCGGUGAGAGCCAUCGAAGACCGCGUUCAGGAAACGAGCCACGCGGACGAAAAAACCGACGAGGCGAUGGAGGCCACCUGGAGGCGUUACCUGGACGUCCACUCGCGACACGUGUUAAGCGCGGGCGCCUACGACUUGGACAUCAACAGCUCGAACGCGGCCCGCUUCUUCCUAGCCGCUGCUAGCGUCUUGGACGGCGGUCAGCGAUCGGUCUACCUCAGUUGGCACGUUGCCCGACACGUCGCUGAGGUCGCCCGUCUGGUGCCGCGGCAUUCGAGCGAAGGAGAAGUCGACGACGCCAAGACGUACUGCUACGACCAGGCCUACGGCGAAUACAAGCACGCCAUCAUGGCCGCGUACCUCUUCAAGUUUGUCAAUGAAAGUAGGCUGCAAGAGGUGAGCAAGAUGGUUGAUUCCAUCACGAUCGAAGUUCAAAAGAACAUCAGGCGUUCCUCCUGGCUGCCGGCGAAGACUAGGGUCAAGCUCGAAAAGAAGGUCGGAAGCAUCAAGUGGAGGAUCGGCUAUCCGGACGGUCUCAGUAAAUGGAAAGGCGUUGACAAGUUCUACAGCCGUCACCCAGAUUCCACGGGCGUUUUCGUCAGAGACUACCUGGGAGCGCGUGAGGCUAGAAUGCGCGCUUUUUUCACCGCUUUGCGCAGCGACGUCACUAAACCCGAGGAGUUCGACUUCGCCAACGACGCGCCGGGGAUCACGUACGGCGCGCCGAACGAGGUGAGCGUACCGGCCGUCGCCCUGGUGUGGCCUCUGUUCAAUUACCGCGGGGCGCCUGAACUCAACUACGGCCUCCUGGGCUCGCUGCUGGUGGAGGCCAUUAUGCGGGCCUUCGGCGGUGCCGACAUGAUGGACGAUGGCCGUGGUUCGCCGAUUCCGUGGUCCAAGAAACACCGGCGGCUGUUCCAGAAGAAGUACCGCUGCGACAAUCUCAGGGAAGGCCCGCGUAAAUUGAGCCAGGCCUCCCGGAGCAACGCCCACGCGCCGACGUCCCGGGGUCAUCAGGCUCUCGGCUCUCGGCCCGGAGUGUCCGUCGGGGCGCACGCCCUGUACAGGGCGUACAAGAGGGCGGCGGCGGCGGCAUCUUUCGGCGGCGCCGGCGGCGGCGGCGGUCGGAGUCUCCGGGGCUUCGAGGCCCUCAGCGGAGACCAGCUCUUCCACGUGGGCCGCUGCCUUCUGGCUUGCGGCGACGCCCACGACGGCGCGACGGACCCCCUGUUCGCUGGACACCGCUGCAACAGGAUGGCCCAACAGUCGCCCGAAUUCGCCACCGCGUUCCGAUGCGACAGGGCGUCCUGGACGCCCGCGGGCAGUCGCUGCGAUCUUUGGUGAAAGUAAAGCGGAGCGAAAA